AUCAGUUUAUAGUUGUUUCUUCGAGCUGCAACAGCAAGGAUUCUGUAAACGUUUGACCGUUUGACCAGUCUUGAAUUUUAUUAAACCUACGAGAAAACAGAUAAUUUGAAACCAAGAAUGAAGACACUCCUGCUGCUAUUCGCGUGCAUUUGUUUGGCAGAAUGUGGUGCAGGAAGAAAGCACACUCGCGAGCAACAAGCUCAAGGUUACGAAUACGAAUACACUCAGGAAUCCGCGCUAUCUGGCCCCCUAGUAGCUGCAGGUCCACUCGCUCAUGGCCGUGGACUGCCUCAUCCCGGGUUCAGCGUUGGUGGUCCUUUAGCUAAUAUCGCGAAAGGCGCGGCGGAACAAGCCCACACGCAGUUAAAUAAUCAACAUUCCGCGGCCGGACAAGCCGCGUUCGUCGCGAAGAACACCUUAGCGCAAGCUGCUUCGCAGUCAGCGGCUACCGCGGCUGCGGCACUCGCUGGCAAACAGAUCGUGGUCCAAGGGCUGGAGCAACAAUCGAGAGAUGCCCACGUAGCGGUAGACGGGGAGAACCUGCAACUGCAACAAGCGGAACGUGCCGCAAACGCAGCGAGGACCACCGCCAAACAAGCGAUGCAGCAGUUGCAAGUGGUUACAGCGGCCUUAAACGCGGCACAGGCGACGGCUGACCGCGCAGCGCAAGCUGCCGCGGAAUCGGCGGCUGCCGCUGCACACGUUGCCGAUGCUGCCGCUGAUUCUGCGCUUUUGGCUCACCAGCCGAUCAAUCCCUCUCCGCUGCCGAAACUUCCUCCACCUCGGCACGGUGCUCCUGCCGUUCUCGAUGCAGGUCUUCACGAACCCAGUGCCCUUCUCGCACCUGGCGCGCUCCACCAAGCUGACGCUCUCCGUUCACCUGCUGCGCUUCACCAAGCGGAAGCUCUCCGUCUUUCCUCCGGACUUCACGAAGCUGCCGCGCUCCAGGAAGCCGCUCUUCGCACGUCCAGCCUGCUUCACGAAGCUGGCCCAGCACUUCAAUCUCCAAGCGGUCUUCAUCGCUCGGAGUUGCUUAGCCUAGCCAAUGCUUUACCUACCGAUAGUUACGAUAUUAAAGGUUAUCGAUACUAGAUUCCUUCGGAUUGGACAUUUUAGACGAAUCUAGUACUUGUUACCGUCUUCAUUCAGGAAUAACGAAAUAUUAUGUUCCAUGUGUCAGACUGUGAAAUAAAAUAUUGUUGAAACGUCAGAUAUCUUCUGCCUGACCUCUUCAUCUUUGUCCUUUUAAAUCUCUAACUAAUUGAUUUCCUUUCGUCUGCUUCUCCGCCCCUCCCCUCGAAAAAGUACGAAAAUAUAAAUGUUAUCAAGUUUUUCGAAAUAAAACACGACAUAGAUUUAAGAAUAUUGGGCAAUAACAAUCUCCGUUACUUUAUUUCCAAAUCUAGAGAUGUAUAAAACAAGAAAUAAAGAAUUAACGUAAACUAAAAUUUUACUUUCCAUACUUUUCCUCCUUCGUGUCUUUUUUUGAUUU